AUGAUGGGUGUGACUUCGCUCGCUAUAGACGCCCAUCCGCUCUCAAACCUUUCAGCAGCCAAACCCUCUGUUUACAUGAAAAUGCUCGUCCAAACUCCCCUCUUUCUCCUCUUUGCCACCCUGUUCAUGCCGCUGGGCUGCCUGGCUAUCCCCGCUGGUGGCUUCUCCGACAUCGCAGAGUCCUCCUCCAGCUCGAAAGGACGUCCAGACAUUCAACUGGAGGCAAGCCCGAUGGGCCACGACUCAACGAGGUACUAUACACGCAUCCUGAACAGCCAUCUGCGGGAUCUAGGCCCGCAGCAUGCUGCAACAGCUUGGCCCGCACCUCGAGGAGGAUCGUACGUCCAUGACAGCGUGCCUUGGGUCCACAGCGACUUGCUCUCGAACCGAGAGAACCGAAGGCUCAUGUAUCUUGGCAUGACUCCCGACAACAAACGGAAGGUUUAUGCCAAUGUGAUGCUGGAACGAGGACGUGGCGAAACUCCAAACGUCGCCAUCGUUUCUACUCCGAAGGUCUGGAAUUCCAUGGGCGCCAAAAUGCAGCUGCACACCUUCGCUGAAGUCCACUCUUACCAGCCUUCCGCGCUCCAGGAGGCCGUAAGCACUCAUUUCAACACAGGCAAGCUCAACAGCCUCGCCUCCAGAUUCCUGCCGAUGGAUGCGCAGGACAGGUUCGAGGCCCUCGUCGGUCACCGACCCGCCUUCUAG